AUCAUCAUGGCUAAUUUGGAGUGAAAUACUCAACAGUACAAGUUCAAGUUUAUGAGAAUUGAGUUUGUCAAGCUGACUUUACCGGACCUGUCAGUAGAGUGUUUCGUGUGUUAGUCAAAGAAGGAAAACUUUGAGCUUUUGUGGGUGAAGGAAGUUUAGACGGGGACAAAAGUGCAUCAACACAUUUGUGGGUCCGCCCAAAAUAGGAGAUUGGCUCAAAAUCAAUUGUGUCACAGUAGUGUUCAAAAAAGUUUAUCCAUGGUCGGUUUAUUAACCCCCGCUUUCCUCUCCCAAUUUUUUAUAUGUGGAUUAUAUAUAACAAUGAAUCUUCCGUAUGUGCGAAAACUUUGAUAUAUAGUAAAGAGGAUGAAAAAAAAAACUUUACCCUCGAUUGCAAAUUGUUAAAACUUCUGAUAUAUAGGAGCCACUGAUCAAUUUCGAUGCAGUCUACUUUACAAAAAAAAAUGUUUUAACUUGAUUUCCGAAUAGAGACUGCAUUUUUAUUUCGUAACAUGGUGAUUAUUGCUCUUUUGUACAAAAGUUGUAUGGCACAGAGUGAAAUCUAACAGUUUCUAGACAAGUAUUCUCGCCAACACACCGCACUUUGUUCCCCAAGCUUUGUUUCCCGACAAUCAUUCUGUGGUUGCGUUCUGGUGGACGCUGUUGAUGUACAAUUUCAGCCAAAUUAGCCACGGUGUGUGCAAUGGAAGUGUGGAGUGACUGUCAGAAAGUUCACGAAAAGGACAGGAUUUGCUUAUUUCCUUUUUGGUUAGAAAUUAAUUCUCCUGUAGACAUUUUACCAUGGAAAUUCCCAUGAUUUUUUUUUAUUCUUGACUGUGAAGUGUAGUAACAAAAGCAGCUGCUUCAGACUGAACACGAAGGUUUAAAAAGUUGAAAAAAAAAGUUUAGUGGAGUGCAAGUUGAUUUUUUUGGUAGGCUUGGUAGGUACUAUUUGUGUGGAGAAAAAAAACUAGAAAGGAGAAAAACAUUAUCACUGUUUGAUAAAUUCUUUGUUACCAUCGCAACGAAUUUAUUGUCAUCUAUUUCUUGGCAGUGAGGGAGACAAAAGUGAUGUGAAAAGGAAGAAAAAUCCAUCUGCAUAUAAGUACGACACAUUAGUGAGAGAUAUUUAUUAUAUGUGUACAUAAUAUACAUACAUAUAUCCUCCCUAUAUUUUAGUGGGGCGAAAAUCUAAUUAGGGUAUUUGUGAUCCUCAUAUAGUGGGGUUCAUUAUCUCUCUCACAGCUUAGUAAUUUCCAUCAAUUGAGACCACUUUUGACUCUGCGCUACAAAACUGAAAGAAAAAAAUAAAUAAAACUUUACCCAAUAGGCAUUUGAGAGAGGGAUCAUUAACGAGAGUUGCCCAAAAAUAAAUUUUCGUGAGAGAAAAGACAACAAGUGAGAGUGGUGUGUUGUUUUCAAGUGCAAUUGCAACGUAAGCGCAGUUACACAGUGUUUUUGUGGUAAAAGAAGAUAAUAAUUCUGCAAUUUUGGAUUACGGAAGACAACAAAACCAGCAAUUUGUUGCGGUCACUGGGGAUGAAACUCCUUCAGGAGUUUGUAUUUGCUACACCGGAUGUUGGUGAUGAUAUAGUAACGCCAGAAAUGAUCACCACAUCUGCCGCAAAGAAGUUGUGGGAGAAAGGAGGUCCUGGCGAUAUGAAAAUUCCGAGUGCAACGAGUGGCCCACUUGCUCCACUACAGCUACAUGGUGGGCCAGAGCAUCAGGUGUGGCGUGACUCAACUUGGUCCACACAGGGUGAAAUAUUGACACCACGGCGGACAUUUCAGCAGGCACAAGAGACAAAUUCCACUGGAAGUACUGGAAUUCUCAGUCCGCGGGACUCAACUGGUGGUUUAGGUGUAAAAAUGGUUGAAUAUGUUUUGGGUGGAUCACCAACCAACAAAGAGAGUCCGCUUGCGAGUCUCGAACCACGUUUGAGAAGUUUAAAAUUUGAUGAUUCUGACAAGUCAACAGACGAUAAGGAGAAGACUAAUUCCCCGUUUGAUGCGAACGGGAUCAAGAAGGAGGAUCAAGUGAAUUCGUCAAAUGGUGUUGUCGUAAAUGGCAUUGAUGAUGACAAAGGAUUCAAUCGAACUCCAGGAUCACGACAACCAUCUCCAGCAGAGGAGGCUCUGACACGUCCAAGUGGGCUUCUAGAUCCCACGGGACAGGUGGGGUCAGCUUAUCCGCAGCUCCCGUUGCAGCAUAUGCUAGGCGCGAGUGACCCACAGGGUGUUGGUCAACUCAACUCCUACCAUCAUGCAGCCCAAUUGGCAGCAAUGAAUCAAAUGCAAGGCCCAGUUAUGAAUGGUGUCAGUGGAAUGCAUCAAGUUGCACAGAAUUUCCAACAAAAUCAGAUGGUGAAUCAACAACAAGGCCCCAAUCAAUUGGACACAUCGGCAAAUUUAUUGCAACAGCAACACAACUUUGAUGUACAGCAACUCUUCCGCAGUCAAAAUCCUGGCCUUGCGACAAGUGCAACGGCGCCGGGGGCGCCAAGUGGCGCCCCUCUGCCGCAGCAUCUACCACAAUUCCUGGCACAACAGAAUGCCUAUGCGGCCCAACAGGCCACCCCAUAUGUGAUCAAUCCUGGACAAGAGGCUGCCCCCUACAUGGGGCUUAUUGCGGCUGGUAUGCAUCAGUACUAUGGUGUGGCCACGGCACCCUGGGGCGUAUACCCAGCCAAUCUUAUACCACAGCAAGGAUCACAGCCACGCAGGCCUCUCACCCCGUCGCAACAGGGAGCAGAAAAUCAACCCUACCAGGUAAUUUCGGCAUUUUACGAUCAGAGUGGUUCGUUGAUGAUGGGCCCACGAACUGGUACGCCAAUGCGACUGGUGAGUCCAGCUCCUGUUCUUGUGCCUUCGGGAGCUCGAGCUCCUCAGGCGCCACCCAUCUACCCGCCACAGCCUCAGGCAGCACAGCAAAACUUGUAUUCAGCCCAAAAUGGUUCAAGCGUUGGAGGUGGCGGGUUGUUCGCACCCCAAGCGUUCAGCGGCGGUCUUGGUACCUUGGGGAGUCCUGCACAACCCACAGGUAGUCUGAACACAUCCCUGACAGCAAGGAGAGAUUCCUUUGAUCGUAACACUUCCGCCUUCAGUCCAUCGUCAUUGGACUAUUCCUCAUCGACGGCGGCAAGAAAUGCUGCGGCUGCAAAGUGGCCAGUGAGCAAUUAUGGGGCGCUUGGAACGGUGACAGCUGCAUCUGCGAGUCCUCAUGGGGCUCCCAUAACGCCACCACCGUCGGGAAUUGGGGGUUUGGUGUCAAAUCGUGCCCCAGGUGCUGAAACCAAGUACAGGAAUGUAAAUCAGUUGGCGCCAGUGAGUCUGUCGACGGCCAACACCAUUUUCGGCUCCAACAGUUCCAUCUUCUCGAAACUUUCGGGGGCUGUGGUGCGAACACCUGCUGCUCCACUUGAUCGUCAGCCCGGGCGGUCGCGGCUGCUCGAAGACUUCCGGAACCAGCGUUUCCCAAAUCUCCAACUGCGUGAUCUUGCGAACCACAUUGUGGAGUUUUCGCAAGACCAACAUGGGUCGAGGUUUAUACAACAGAAGUUGGAGAGGGCAACAGCCACUGAGAAACAGUUGGUCUUCCAGGAGAUUCUGGGAUCAGCCUACAGCCUCAUGACGGAUGUUUUCGGGAAUUAUGUCAUCCAGAAAUUCUUCGAGUACGGCACACCGGAGCAGAAAUCUACAUUGGCCCAACAGGUCAAGGGUCACGUGCUACCGCUGGCGCUCCAAAUGUAUGGAUGCCGUGUGAUCCAGAAGGCCCUUGAAAGCAUUCCGCCAGAGCAGCAGCAGGAGAUUGUGCGAGAGCUGGAUGGGCACGUGCUGAAGUGCGUGAAGGAUCAGAAUGGGAAUCACGUGGUGCAGAAAUGUAUUGAAUGCGUGGAUCCAGCAGCACUGCAGUUCAUCAUAAAUGCUUUCCAGGGGCAGGUGUUCAAUCUCAGUACCCACCCGUAUGGAUGCCGUGUAAUUCAGCGCAUAUUGGAACACUGUACGGCCGAGCAGACGUCCCCAAUAUUGGCCGAAUUGCACACAAAUACCAAUCAGCUGAUUGAAGACCAAUAUGGCAAUUAUGUCAUACAGCAUGUUCUCGAACAUGGCAAGGCAGAGGAUAAGUCGGUGCUGAUUAACAGCGUCCGAGGAAAAGUUUUGGUGUUGUCACAGCACAAGUUUGCAUCAAAUGUCGUGGAGAAGUGCGUUACACAUGCAACAAGACAGGAGAGAGCACAUCUCAUUGAUGAAGUUUGUUCGUACAAUGACAACGCACUCACCAUCAUGAUGAAGGACCAAUAUGCCAACUAUGUGGUCCAAAAGAUGAUUGAUGUAUCGGAGCCGACGCAGCGUAAGAAUUUGAUGCACAAAAUCAAGCCGCACAUCAAUUCGCUGCGCAAGUACACCUAUGGGAAGCACAUCAUCUCAAAAUUGGAGAAGUUCUUCAUGAAGACUUCUAGUACCGUUGGUAGCUCACUGGCGCCCACAUCUGAGGGACUGGGUCCCAUUGGGCCACCAAGUAAUGGUGUUCUGUAAGCCAGGAGUGAGAGCCAACACUUUAUUUUUUUGUAGUGUAAAAGUGUCUUUUUUUUUGAGCGUCAUUUUAGUUUUUUAUAAAAACAUCCAAAUGAGGACACAUAAGCGAUAAGUUUUGCUUAUCACGCGCACUUUCUUUUUAAAAUAAUUAACGCGUUCUGUAUUUUUAGAAGAAAUAUUUUUUUUUUCUUUUGCAAGUGAUCUACAACUUUAAAGACUUUUUUUAUUUACUUUUUUUCCCGCUGAAGUAGUAGGUUAGGAAACAAAGAGAUGAGAAAAAAAUGAUGAAAAAAAAUCUCAAAAGUGUUGAUGAACAACACUCAAAGUAAUUCUUUUUUUUUCAUUUUAUAUUAGUUUAAAGAAGAAGAAAAAAAAGUAGCUAUUUCUUUUCAAAAUGUAUUUUUGGAUAGAGAAGAGAAUCUGAGAGAAAGAUAAUAUUGGAAUUAUUUACACAACAAUAUUUAAUUAAAAAGAAAAAAAAAUGGAAGAAUAAGGAAAAAGUAUAUAAAUGUACAUCAUAUUGCGAAUGUAUGUAAAUCUAUAUUGAAUGUAUUAUAAAAAAAGAACAUCCCUGCUGUAAGAAUGAGGGGGGACCACUCCCUCUUCUUUUGCAGUUCUCUGUAAUUUUUUUCACCUUAACAAGACUCUAAAUUCCAUAUUUUAUUUUUUUUUACACUUAUAACAUCUCAAACAUUUAUUAAUGGACAACAAAAAAAAGAAGAAAUAUAAAUUAUUCAAUGAAUUCAUAAUAUUCGAAAAAUCUAGUAUUUUUGUAAUGUUGUAAAUUUGUGUAAUUUUGAUGAAGAAUAGGAGAAAUGUGUGGUGGCAAAAAUAGGUGGGUGAAGAAAACAAUUAGAAACUAUAUUUUUAUUGGCUAAAAAAGAAAAUUCUUAGUGAAAAAAAAAGGUAGAGAAAAAUGUAUUUAAAUUGAAGUUUAAUGAAAAGCGUCAAAGUAUAAGUAAAAACAAAUGUCGAGUUUCGCUAGGAGAGAGCGUACACAUGUAAUAGAUGAAGUAUGGAGUGUAUUUCAAUGAACCCUCGAGGGGGAAUCUUUUUUAGAAAACAAUGAGAAUGUUUUCACUGCUGGAGGAAUUCCGAGAUAAUAUCUAGAAAACUUGUUUCUUUUGCAAGUCUAUUUCGGAUUUAUGUAUAUUUUUUCAGUAAAAUUUUAAUUUUAAACACUCUGCUAAAAAUUUAUCAGAAAGUCAAAUAAAUAAAAAUGUAAAAAAUGAAUUUAAUAAAAUUUUUCUUAUUUCAAAACUAUUCAAUUUUAAUAAAAGAAUUGAAGUCUUUGUGCGAAUAGUAGGUAAUUUCUAGGAUUAUCUCGGGAAGGAGAAUGAAGUUUUCUUGAAUACUGUUGCGCCAAAUGAUUAAAAUCCUUGCAAUUUGGCAAGAAAGAUUUUUUUUGCUGUCAACAGUGUUGCUUUGAAGAGCUUGGAAAAGAUUAAAGAAAAAAAUCCACAGUGGCAUUUUUGUUCUGUGAGCCCAGAGAUCCUUAAAUGAUUAAAAAGAGCAGAAGGAAAUGAAGGAUUCUCCGGUCACAGGACUCUUAUUGAAGUAGGAAUUUUAAAACAAAUAAAAUGAAUAUUCAUGUAGUAGAAAUUUUUGUGUAUAUGGAACCAGUCAAUGUAAUUUUGUACUUGACACCAUAAAUUAUUUUGUGCAAGAAUUAAUAAAAAAAAGAACAUUUAACAAAGUCACGCGAAGCAGAUGAAUGUCUGAUGAGUAACAAAAAAAAAGAAGAAAUUUGCCAAAGUUCCAAGGACAGCACAAAGGAGAAUGUUUGUAUCAAAAUGACGUAAAUUAUUUUAAAUAUAAAAAUAAAUUAAAAUAAUGAUGAAAAAAGCAAAUGUGUGGCCCAUAAAAUCAAACCAACAAAAGAGGAAAAAAUCAUAGUGAAAAAAACACGUUUGAAAAAUUAAACAAAAAAAAUCAAAUCUACGAUGGAAGCUGGCAUAGGGAUCACAAAAACGCUCUCUUAUAAAUAAAAAAUAAUGAAAAAAAUUUAAAAAAAACAAAAACGAAACACUUAAUAUUAAAAGAAAAAUAAAUUAACUGAUAAAAGAUGAUUUAUUGCUUAAAUGAAAUUGUAGUGACACUGUUUAACUUGGAUAAUUGUAUUAAUGUUCUAUACUUUUUACACACAAAAAGAAAAAUAUUCUCAAAAUGCAAACUUCUAUGUGAAAUUAUCACUCUCUUUUACAAACAUACACUGUUAUUUCCCUUUUUUGUUUCACUUUCUUUCUUUUUUUUU